AUGUUCGCUGAAGAUCCACAGCUGUUUACAGUUUAUGAACCACUUUGGAUAACAAGUUUAUGGAGUAGAGAAUAUCCCACAGAAGUUUCUCACCGGAAAAGAAAUGUAGUUGAUGUACUCAGAGGAAUAUUAGGCUGUAAAUUUGCCGAUUCCCAGGCAGGAACUAAAUUUCUUUCCUACACAGACAGGCAAUGGAGUGGUGCUUUUGUAAAGAACCCAUUUAAAAGUGCAGCCUUCUGUAACGGGACAUGCAAAGAUUUUUCCAAAAACCCAGAGUACGUAGAUGAAGUUUGCCUUUCAAAAUUUAAACACAGUGUGACAAAAAUAGGCGAGCCAAGAGUACCAGAUAAUCUACUGUCCUCUGUAGUACCACAAGUGCUUGAGGAGAAUCCCGAAACAGACGUCCGCGUCAUUCAGCUCGUGCGUGACCCGCGAGGCAGCUUCAACUCGAGAAUCAAACUCGGAUGGAUGGAGGAAUAUCAUCACUGGCAUUUUCCUAACACCGUUCGAUAUCAGUGCUCAAAAUUAGCCCAAAACAUAAAGUUUGGACGUAACCUACCUUCUAAAUGGCGUGUCAAAUACCUUGAAGUACAUUACCAAGAUCUGGCAAAGCACCCUAUUGAAACCGCAAAAAGUUUGUACGAGUUUGCAGGAUUUCAGAUGUCACCGAAAAUACUUGACUGGGUCAGAAAAAACACUUCUCCGAGCAAAGAAGAAUUAUUGAAAGAAAAGGAAAAUGUAUUUUCUUCGGUAAGGAAUUCUUCAGCAAAUGCUGAUUAUUGGACACAAGAAGCCCCGAUUAAUAGGACAAGAAUAAUAGAAGAAAACUGUAAAGAAGCAUUCGAUCUCUUUAAACUGGAGACGAUGAUUACCAACUAAAUUUCCGGGUAAAAGGGUAGUAAAAAUAAACUUUGUGCCGAGUAAAUUUUGUUUUCUUUUUCGCUACUUUCUCUUUAUGCUAUGAUUCUGGGAUCUAAUAUAAAUAAGUAUUAUGAUUUUUAUAUCAGCAUGAAAAAUAUUCUGGAGAAGCGAUUCUCUUAAACACUUACUACCUUUAAGGAAAAUACUCCCAGCUGGUAAUAAUAAUAUCUCAGAUAACAGUUAUUUUCUCCCCGGCGUCUAAAGCCAGAAUUCAGACGGUCGACGGUCGCUAUGUGAUGAAACGAUGAUUAAACUGCGACGAAUACAUGGUCAUUCCUAUCAAGUUCGACAACGUUAGUCGUGCGAGGUGGCAAAGAAAUCUGCCCAAAAAUGUGCUCCACGUUCAGAGUUUUUGUUUUGCCUGGUUGAUGGAGGUCGCUAGUAGCAUUAGCGUCCACGCGAAACAAAACUUGAUAUCCGAUGAUUUCGUUUGAAAUUUGUAUAGGUAAUAGAAUGAUUUGUAGUGAUAUUUGGCAUAAAUACUAUGCGUGAUAUUUCGAAAUUGUUAUACGUAAUUUCACGAGCCGUUAGGCGAGUAAAAUUUGAGACAAUUUUGAAAUAUCACGAGUGGUAUUUAUGCCAAAUAUCACGUACAAAUCAUACUAUUAUUUGUUUAUGCUACUACCCGCAAAAGGUUGUAAUUUUCACAUUUAGAGCUUCCAAUCAUCAACUUGUGGACAAAAAGAAUUAAAACUGAAUUGCUUUUUAAGCUUUCAAAUCUUAAUUCAAAUCUCGCACUAACCCUGGGUUAUCUUAACCCAGCUUUGAACAACUCGGCCCUGGGCGCUUAUUAAAAAUUUGAUCCAUGAGAGUGGGCGCUCACUCGAGGUUGGCGCUUGUUCGAGGCUGGGUGCUUAUUAAAUUUUCAUCAUUUUCAGCAAGUAGUGAGUUAAUUUUCCAACAAAACAGUGAAUAAUAACAAAACGUAAAGAUGUACCAGAGCAGAAUUAUAACUGUUCAUUGAAAGUUUAUUAAAAAAAAAAAGAUUGAGAACUUGGUAUUCGGGGAAGUAUCUUAAUAGUACCUAGUCAAUUUCUUUCUCAUUGUCAGUAAGGGCAAUAAGGGUGUUGCCUCGUAGAUGUCUCACAGCGUAACGUCUGCAAAUGGGUCAGUCGAUGAGAAGCAAAUAUGGCAGUAAAGAAUUUAUACUCUUCUCGGUCUACUUAAGUAUUUUUUUUUGGGGGGGGGGGGGGUGGGUGUGGGCGCUUAUUCGAGGCUGGGCACUUUUUAGCUUUUCCUCCAUGCAGGAUGGGUGCUUAUUCGAAGAGGCCCCAAUUCGAGGUUGGGCGCUUAAUCGAAUAAAUACGGUAGUUCAGAGUGCAAAACUCUUGGGGCUUACCAUUUCUGACGAUCUGACUUAGAAUGCCCAUAUAACUAAGGUAAUUAUGAAUAGCAUCCAAACGCCUAUAUUUUCUCAUCCAACUGAAAAGGGCGGGGCCAACGUGUGAGAGAGUGACCUCUCUCGUUUUUACAGUGCUUGUAUAAGCUCCGUCAUAGUCAACACAGCCACAGUAUUUCACUAUGCACUACAAUUGGUAUAGAAUUUAAUGGAGCCGAAUUGCACACAUUUUAGGCGCCCUACUGAUGAACAGUUAGAACAGAAAGAUAUCUCAAGUACCAACAAUUUGCUGUCUGUAUCCUCUGAAUUAGCAUUUAGUGAAUGAAUUAGAGCGCAUCCAGAAAAGAGCUGUACGAAUUAUUUGCCCAUAUACGGACUACCAUCAUGCCCUAAAAAGGCUAGGCCUCCCUAAAAUAGCAGAACGUCAACACAACAUCUGUAAGCGCACUUUAAACUGAGAAAGCUGUCGCCACCAGCAUUUUCCACACGAUUCAACCUAAGGAGCCGGCAAACGUAUACAGUCGAGCAGUCGAGGAUUGACCGAGCCGAGAACGCCUGGGCUACAACGGCUACUUUCUUCUGUCCCCAAGGUGGCCAUUGCAGAGAGGUUCAACUGUGCACAAUUUAGCCACAUAAGGCUGUGACGUAUUUUAAUAAAGCACCUAUCUAUCAAGAUUAUUGCUUUCUCCAUCCGCCUCAUAUUGUUAUCUUGUAUGAAGAGUCGCUUAGUUACCAUUUCAUCUUAGCGAAGCAUUCCACCUUUUAAGGCGAAAUCAGGCUUCGCUCAGUUAUCUACGUUAACAAUGACUCUUUGAGCCCAAGGUCACCAACAUUUUAUUUGGCUUCUCCGAUUCCUCGUCACAUUUUAAACAUAAUUUAUUUAGUUCAUUUGCUCUUUCAGAAUACACUGUCUGAAUAAAUAAUGUAACAUACAUCAUCUCACGUUUUUCAUGUUUGAAUCCUUUCUUAAAGAGCUGUUCAGAGGCGUUACUCUUUUCAUUAGUUUUAAAACAAAAAACUUGUCAUUAUCCCAAGAUAUAAAUCAAUUCACGAUUAUCAAGAUUUUAAAAAGUUGCGCCACGUUGAUCUAAAAUCCACUGCCGUGCGCGAGUACAAACGGGAAAAUGGUCAACUCACGAAUCCUAUGUUACGUAUUUAUGAUUUUGAUUCUGUUUAUUUCAGUUUUUAUAUUUUACGCUAUUAGAAGGCUUCAGACUACCAAAUACAUUCUUCCAGAGAACGUAUCGCCACAACGUCUUCACACAGUAGUGCGGGAUAAGUGGAUGUUUGUCAACAUUUCCGUCGAAAAUGGUUCAAUGAAUAGCCCCUUACCCUUUGGUAAUUAUACGCGCUCGUUUUAUACUACUCGAAAAACACACCAUCGAGACACGUCUUCUUUAACUACACCUCACAGGCUAAUCGCAAGAGAAAAUCUCUCAGCAAGUGCGGCGGUAACUGAGUCCACUUACCGGCCGACCAAAAAACCCGAAGACAAGCGUCGAAGUCUCCUGAUCUACGGUGCAGAUCGUUCGGGAACAACUUUUACGACAAAAAUGUUCGCUGAAGAUCCACAGCUGUUUACAGUUUAUGAACCACUUUGGAUAACAAGUUUAUGGAGUAGAGAAUAUCCCACAGAAGUUUCUCACCGGAAAAGAAAUGUAGUUGAUGUACUCAGAGGAAUAUUAGGCUGUAAAUUUGCCGAUUCCCAGGCAGGAACUAAAUUUCUUUCCUACACAGACAGGCAAUGGAGUGGUGCUUUUGUAAAGAACCCAUUUAAAAGUGCAGCCUUCUGUAACGGGACAUGCAAAGAUUUUUCCAAAAACCCAGAGUACGUAGAUGAAGUUUGCCUUUCAAAAUUUAAACACAGUGUGACAAAAAUAGGCGAGCCAAGAGUACCAGAUAAUCUACUGUCCUCUGUAGUACCACAAGUGCUUGAGGAGAAUCCCGAAACAGACGUCCGCGUCAUUCAGCUCGUGCGUGACCCGCGAGGCAGCUUCAACUCGAGAAUCAAACUCGGAUGGAUGGAGGAAUAUCAUCACUGGCAUUUUCCUAACACCGUUCGAUAUCAGUGCUCAAAAUUAGCCCAAAACAUUAAGUUUGGACGUAACCUACCUUCUAAAUGGCGUGUCAAAUACCUUGAAGUACAUUACCAAGAUCUGGCAAAGCACCCUAUUGAAACCGCAAAAAGUAUGUACGAGUUUGCAGGAUUUCAGAUGUCACCGAAAAUACUUGACUGGGUCAGAAAAAACACUUCUCCGAGCAAAGAAGAAUUAUUGAAAGAAAAGGAAAAUGUAUUUUCUUCGGUAAGGAAUUCUUCAGCAAAUGCUGAUUAUUGGACACAAGAAGCCCCGAUUAAUAGGACAAGAAUAAUAGAAGAAAACUGUAAAGAAGCAUUCGAUCUCUUAAAACUGGAGACGAUGAUUACCAACUAA